AUGGUAGUCAAGAGACUCGCGCAGGAGCUCGAGAUGGCCCGCAUCACCUCGGAGGCAGAAUCCCUCCCCUUCUCGCCAAAGCACGAGAACGACUGCUUCCGCCAGAAAUUCCACGACAUCCCCCGCUACCUCUUCCGCGUCUUCACACCCAUCUCCGGCUCCGCUACCGACACCGCCUGGGCCCAGUCCCUCGACUCGCGGCAAGGCGGCACCAGCAGCAAUGUCGACCUCUUCGACCGGGGCGACAACCGCCUCGUGGCGGACAUGCUGAACAAGCACCUCCGGUGGCAACACGGUGACGGUGAAAGCAAUGUCGUGUCCUGGACCAGCUCGCUGCUGUACGCCCUCGUGCACGUGUACCAGCUACACGCCAGCACGCGGGACGGCUCGGCCCUCGAGGACAUCAAGCUCUGCAUCGUCGACACGACCGAGUGCCCCGAACGGAGCUUCGUGCGGGACAUUGACCUCAUCCGCUCCUUCAGCCUGUUCGACAUCGGCCUGCGGGACCUCAAGAACCUGCGGCUCGGCAAGUCGCAGAGCAAGUCGUCCGGGUGCUACUACUUUGGCGAGUACCUCUCCCAGGGUGCGCUGAAGAUCGAGGGCAGGUGCCAGAUCGUGUCGGCGAUGGAUGUCAUCAACGGCGGGCUGUACAAGAUGCUGCCUGAGCUGGAGGAGUUUGAGGGCUGGAACCGCGACGAGAAGCCGCCCUGCGCGCGGAUGGUGGUCCGGCUCCGCAAGAGUCUAGGCUCGAGGGUGGUGUCCGCGGCGGGGAGGGAGGUUGAUUGCGAGAUCAAUGCCGCGCUCAAGAUUGCGCAGCUGUUUGAGCCGCGUUGGAGGCUGCCCAUGGCUGCGAGCUUGAUUGCGCUUAUGCCGAACUUAUGCUCGGAUGCAGAGAUUCUAAGGGCAUUCCGAGGAGACUUAUUCACAGACGCCGAAAGGAGGUUGUGUUCUCGUGAGAGAACCGUCAUCAUGGCAUAUGAUACUCUGCCCGAGGUCCAAAAAUUCAGCGACAUCAUGAGGAAAUACGUUGACCGAGCGGAAGGGCUCGUCCGCAGCGCUCUCCUCUGGGGAGGAUCAACAGCCAGUCCGAGUGCAUCCGACCAUGACAUGACUGUGCUCGACCCGAUACAUGAUGACAUUGUAGAUCGUUUGGACGACAUAAUCAGAUGGAGCAGUUCACUACGUCAAGAGAUGCUCAAAUCCCGGAUGGUGUUGGUCGAUACUGAAUCAUCGGACAAGCAGAGCUUUGAUGAUUCGCUUGAGUUUGAGGUCGGCGAUACUACAUUUUCAUCGUCUCCACGUACCGAGAUGGAACAUAGUGAGAUUAUUGACUGUGAAGCGUUUCCCUUCAAGUCACUGGGAAAUCGCGAAAAGUCAGUAAUUGGGGGGCUUUAUAUCGAUCCAAUCUAG